AUGCUACGCCCUCCUACUCGUUGUAGAGAACUGUACAUCGCUGGCUCCGUCGCCGCGCUUGAAAACUGGUCCACCGGUGACGCGCUCCUCUUGUCCUCUGCGAACUACCCCUGGAGUCUGACGGUGAACCUGCCUCCGAGCACGACCAUCGAGUACAAGUACCUCACGAAGAAUAACGGGGACGUCACGUGGCAGGACGACCCGAACAACAAUAUCACGACGCCUGCGAGCGGGAGCGUCACGCAGAGUGAUAGCUGGCAUUGA